AAGUUUAGAAUUGAAGGUAGAUAUUUGCGAGGCCUGUGACCUCCAGGAGUAGUUGAAACUUUGGGUUAUGAACAAGGUCCCCCAGGGACUGUGAGAAAAGGUAGAGGGCCAGGUCUGUUCACAUUUCUGGUGACACUUUGCAGCAUGUUCCUCUGUGUGGUGGGAAUGUGAAUAUCCCUCUGAGGGUCUUCACUUCAGAGACACAGUCUUGCUGUCCACUGUGGUCCGCCUCACUGAAAUAAGGUUUUGUUGUCUGCAGUCUACUCUAUAGGGUCGGCUCCUUUCCAUUGGGAAUUAUGGGCUUUAGGAAAUAAAAUAAAAAACUUAGUUGACAGGCUUUUCAGAAACAAGUCUUGUCCGUCAUCUGCCUAGAUGAGUGUUUCAUGGAAAACCAAGGCAGAAUCCCCAGUGUUUGGGGCUUGCCCAGUUCUUUCCCACUCAAAUCAUUAGAAAUAAAAAACAAAGUCAAUCUGAAGAAUUUGCUGAAGCAAAAUCAGGAGUAGCUAGAAGUGAAUGAGCUGAAACUGGAGGGAAAUCCCUUUGUUCAAUUCGGGUUUCAGUGAAUGCUCAGCAGGCAGUUAAACCAGUUCAUUAACAGAAAAGACGUGUUCUUAAGCUGCUCUCAGCAGUAAAUGCCUAGAAAAACAUAUUGUGACAACCGAAAAGUACAUUCCAGAAGUCAUAGAUUCAUGAAACUGUAGUUUUUGUCAUCAAUGAAGAAACAGAUCAUUUACCCACAAAUAUUUUCCCAUUUAUUUAAAACCAUUAACUAGGACUAAUCUGGCUGCUGUGUGCCAGUCCUCAUUCCUAGAAAAAUGUGAUUUUUCUUCCCCUAGGGAGCUCAGAAACAUUUGUAUUUAGGAAUGUUGAAUGUUAGAGGUUCGUUGUUUUUUUUUCUUACCAUGACCACUUUUUAAUCUAAUUGACAUAUUAAAACCUUUUUCUCUGAUUUUGAAAUCUAAAUUCAGACCUGGAAAGCAGUCUGCAAGUAGCAUCCCGUCAGCCUUAGAUGUGUUCUUUUUCUGAACUGUCUCUCCUCUGCUGUGUUCAAUUGUCCUCUGCCGCCCAGGAUCCCCCCAGGGCCGUGCGUGCUGUCAGGUUCUCCGUGACAUUGUUAACUAUGUAACGUUCGGCCGGUGCUGAGACGGCAGGUGGGAAAGGCCAGGGACUUGAUCUCCUCCCAGCCAGGGUUCUCCGCUUUCACUAGGGCUGCUCCCAUUGAACAGCUCAAGAAUAAGCUCCUGUGUGAGCCCUCGGAGGCCGAGGAGUAUUGUUGAAUUCAGAAAGGAAUCGCUUUCUCAUAGUGAUCAUUUGAAUAUUUUGACAAUGAAGCUAAGCUACUCCGCUGCUUGGUUUGCGUACUUCGUGUCACGUGCCCCCUGCCGAGGGAAGCAGAAGCGCGCCUCGCCUCCCUGGAUGCAUAAAGCAGUAUUGUCUGUGGUGAGACGGGUGGGAGCAAAGGAAGAAUCAUCCAGAAGAAUUUCACUCUCAUGUUUUCUAAAGCCCUUAAAAAAAGAUGUAAUCCAGGCCUUUGGAGACCAUGAUAAAUGUUGAGUAUUUUCAGAGGAGAGACGGACCAUGAAGAUGAUUUGUGAAGUGUUUAUACAUGCAAAGUGAGGAAUACACUUAAAACAAAUUCUCUGGAUGAUUCAGACAACCUACUCACCUCCACUUUUUUCCUGACUUGUGACAGGUUAUUUUAAAGAUUUAGUUGUCUACAAUGGCCUGCAUUUUUCUGAUUUUAACUAAAAAGGAUGUUUUCAUGCAAAAUAAACAGCUUUUUUUUUUUUAUCAAAUUAAGAGGCAACCAAGUGAAAAAAUCAGUUAGGUGAUCUCUAAUUGGCUUUGUUUCAUAAUAUAUUUACCUUUGUACUGGGCAAGAAAAUCCUGAAAAGCUUUUCACCUAAGAGGAUCAACGGGUUGGAAGAGUCUUAGUUGGAAGAAGCCAAGCUUUAUAAUUAAUUGGUGAACAGAGAUACCGGUUUUUAGAUGUUCAUCAGGGAUCAGUAGUACAAAGCCGGCUGCAGCCUGGGCCCUGAAGACUUGGUAAAAACAUGAAUCCCAGGGCCCUAGUGACGCUGUGCCAGCCUGUGCCAAAGAUUUCCCCGGCAUUCUAACACAUAGCCAGGUUUGCUGACCACCGAAUUGUCUAUUCAGAUAGGAGCCUUCAGCCCAUUUGAUAAAUCUAGACGUUUAUAUAAAGCUUUUGUUAGAAAUGAAUGCCUACUAGUUAUUACUGACUUUUUCCAGUUCAUCAUUUGUUUCAGGUUUUGUUAUUGCAUAGAUUUGCAUGCCUGUUUUAUGGUAUUCUAACACCGUUGAUUUAAAAAAAAAAAUACCAUUUCCUCUCAGUGCUAUUUUGAAUAUUUUUAUGUAAGCAAUUGCAUGAGUUUUUUUGUUUUUUGUUUUUUCUUCUACUUGCAGAAAGCAGGGGAAGAUUUCAGGGUUUUUUUAAUCCAGUUGUAAGUAGGACAAAGGAUAUAAUGGAAAUACUUAAAGGUCUUCUUGGGCAAGAUUAUAUGAAAUACUGAAAAUCUUCUAAGUUGCAACAUUGUGAACUUUAUGACACUGUUUAAAUAUAUCAGAUGACACACAUGUUUUAAGGCUUUUGCCAUGUGGUAUUUCUGAGAUAUUUUAAAGUUAAGGGUGGUAGAUCAAUUGAGGCCUUGAGGGUUUUAAAGUUUAAAAUUGAUGGAUCCUUUGUUAAAAUGCAUGGAAAAUGUUAAAAAGCAGUAGAACAUGUCCUCCGCAUGUCAUCAGUUGAGUGUGUGGUGUGGGCUCUCGGAGGGAGGCUCCCUUGGUGUGGGGGUGGGGGGAUGUUUCCCCAGCUUCCUUCACUGACGACCUGCGAGAUCUCUCCUCACAGGUGUGACUCCUCACACACUUCGGAGAGGACCUCACGACCGCCUGAACGCUGACACCCAGCAGACAGCCUGCAGAUUACCUUUCUACUCGUGGAAUCUCAUCUGUGCCCAGACUCUCUCCUCUGAGCCUGAGACUGUGCACACACUAGGCUGUGGGACAGCAGGAAGCAGAGCUAGUGGCUCCUGAGACCCAGCAUUUGGUCAGCGCAUCUGAAAAGGAAGGUGUGAGAAGCAAAACCCAUGGCUGCCUACCUUUGCCAGGUCUGUGGCCAGACGUUCCUCACCCUGGAGAAGUUCACUAUCCACAGUUUCACUCACUCCAAGGAGCGGCCUUUCAAGUGCUUGCACCCAGAGUGUGGCAAAGCUUUUGUUUCCAGAUAUAAACUAAUGAGACACAUGGCUACCCACUCACCCCAGAAGUCUCACCAGUGUGGUCAAUGUGAGAAGACGUUCAACCGCAAAGACCACCUGAAGAACCACCUCCAAACCCAUGACCCCAACAAGGUGUCCUUUGUGUGUGAGCAGUGUGGGAAGAAGUACCACACCAUGCUGGGCUACAAGAGGCACCUGGCCCUCCACAAGGCCAACAGCGGCGACCUCACCUGUGGGGUGUGUGCCCUGGUGCUCAGGAGCACAGAGGUGCUGCUGAUCCACCUCAAAUCCCACGCCGACGACAAGCCCCAUGGGAACAAGCAGAAGAAGCACCGGUGCGACCACUGCGAGAGAUUAUUCUACACCCGGAAAGAUGUGCGGCGCCACAUGGUGGUCCACACAGGCUGUAAGGACUUCCUGUGCCAGUUUUGUGCCCAGAGAUUUGGGCGCAAAGACCACCUCACACGCCAUACCAAGAAGACACACUUACAGGAGCUGAUGAAAGAGAGUUUGCAGGCUGGAGAUUUCCUGAAUGCCUUCCACUCUCUCUCUCCUCAGUUUCAGCUGAAGGCUGCCACUCUGGCUCCUUACGCUCUAGGAGCCUCUGUGCAGAAUGGGCUCGCCAGUGGUUUGCCACCUGAGGUGCACACCCUCAAUCCCAUAGAGCCACCCUGCCAGCCUGUACCACCGCUGCCAGAGCCCCUGAUCCCCCUGCCGCCCAUGGCACCUCCCAGCUCUCCCCCUCAGCCCCUCCAGAAUCACAAGUACACCACUGCUACCUCAUAUCCCCCACUUGCAAACCUGCCGCUCAAAACAGAUACUAAAGGGUUUUGCAACUUCAAUUUGCUCGAGGAAUUGCCUCUGCAAGAGCCUCAGUCACCUCACAGGCUCAACCCAGGUUUUGAUCUGGCUAAGGGUGGCGCUGGUAAAGUAAACCUGCCCAGAGAGCUCCCCAUAGAUGCUGUGAACAUAACAAUACCUGCCUCUCUGGAAAUUUCCCCCCUGUUGGGCUUCUGGCAGCUGCCCCCUCCUCCUACCCAAAAUGCCUUUGGGAAUAGCACCCUCGCCCUGGGGCCAGGGGAGCCUCUGCCCCAUAGGCUCAGCUGUCUGGGGCAGCAGCAGCAAGAGCCCUCACUGGCCAUGAGCCUGGGCCAGCUCCACCUUCCUCCCCUCCCCCACGUUUUCCCCGCAGGCACUGGCACUGCCAUCCUGCCUCAUUUCCAUCAUGCAUUCAGAUAAGUGGCUUAUAAAGCAUACUUUUCUUAUUCUGGAAGAGGUUUUAAGGAGCAUUUUAAAGUUUUAUGAAGCAUUUUAAAUGUCAGUUGUAAUACAAGGAAAGAUUUGGAAAGCAGGAUUGGGGAUAUGGCUUACUCAGUUACGACUGGCUUGAGAUAAGAGUUCUAGAACUGCAUGCAUCGUGCCAAUCUGUCCUGAGUGUUGAUGAUUUGUUCAUGCUUUGUACCAAAUGUAAUCACCAAGUAUUCUUUAAUGGAACUGCAACUAUCUAUUGUUAUAACCGACAUCCAGACGAGGGCUGCUAUAUAUAGUUGUCAAAUUGAGUUUAAUCGUAAGCCAUGAUCAUAAUGAUGUUAGCUAAAUAACAUCACCUGAGUUUGUCAUCUUUAUGUAGCACGGCCUAAGGAGGGAACUAUGGGAAGGUUUGGAUUUCUCCAAAAUGGGAGGGUUUUUUUUUCUCUUUUUAAGUAUACCUUUAUAAAAGUAACCUUUAUAUUGCAUAUUAUAAGUAGACUUUGUAUUUUUCUCCAGAAUUCUUCUACCUUUAGUUGGAUGUAGUGAAGUUACUAUUGCAUAGCCAACCUGUAGUUUUACAGAAACAAUUUCUUGUGGAAUAAUAGAUGUUUCCAUUUUAAACAAGCAUUUUAAAUGUAGUUUGAAUAUUUUCCACAAGAUGCUACAAUGUGAGUUAUCACUUCAUUUAUCUUAAAGACUAAACUGGUUGUAGGUUACAUCUGACAGAAAAAAAUCACUGUGUAACCAGGUUAAGUGAUAAAAUAAUCCCAGUGUCAGUCAAAAAUAGUAUUUUGCUGACUUUAAUAUUGAUUAUAUUUUAACAGGAAUUUAAGAAAUAUUACUGGAAUUUAAAAUAUAUAUAUAUUAAACAAGAUUUUUUUUCUUUGCUUUGUCUGGCUUAAAGUACUACUCUGCUUAAGUAUAUUUUAAUCACCAAUAAAUAAAUGCAUUUUAAAUUUUAUCAUGUAAUUCAAUAUUAGUUUUACUCAGAAAGAAUAACAUUUUUCAAUGUAACUGUAAUCUCAAAUUUGUAUCUAAUGAGUUUUAAGAAUAUGAAACCUAAUCUUUUUUUAAAAGUCCUUUGUCUUUUGUCUUUAGAGGCUUCCUAUAUGAAAAUAUAUCUUACAUAUAAUAAACUCUAAAUUCUGA